UGUCCCAUUCUCUCUCUCCUCCUCUGUCUCUCCUCUGUCUCUCCUCCUCGCCUCCCCUGUCCCAGUCCGUCCAUCCCUGUGUGUUGCAAUGUCGUCCCUACUGAAGAAGGAGAUGCAGAGGAUGCUGUUUAGACCCGAAGGACAGAAACUACAGAUGUUUAUAGAGAUAGAUGAAGCAACACCAGAAAGACAUUUUCUCUGUGUCUACGUGACCAAGACCAAAGAGGUGCAGCUGAGUGUGGUGAGAUCCCAGAAAUCACACAAUUCUGGAUCAAAGAAGUCGCGGAAUUCUCAGAAAUCCCAGAAUUCCGGAUCGAAUAAGAAGCUAAAGUCUCAGUUUUGCCUGAGUUCCUGCUUGAUGAACUCCUACCUGAAGACGGAAGUCUGGCUCCUCCAGGACCUUACUCUGCUGGACGGGCGGGAUCCGGACGUGGACGACCCGUGUUUCCUGAUGCACUUCUCCACUGUGCGCUCGGUGACAGCCUUCAGCUGCGGAGCCAAGUACUGCAUGGCGCGGGUCCUGGUUGCCCUGAGCGACAAGCACUGCGGGCGACCUUUGACCCUAGUGAACUAUGACCUGGCCUACAUUAGCCCGUCGACUGUAUAUUUGAACAGAGGAGACUGCAUGGUGCUGAUGCAGAUAUGUUUCUACGCUGUUAACCUGGUGUGUCUGUCCUUGUGCCCUGUACCUCUGGACUGAGAGAGAGAGAGAGAGAGAGAGAGAGAGAGAGAGAGAGAGAGAGAGAGAGAGAGAGAGAGAGAGA